AUGUCUGGUGGAGGAAUAAGACAACGAGGACAGCGUGGACUACAACAAUUGAGAGCAGCAAGAAAAUCUCAGUCGAAGAGUAGAUCUCGAAAGAAACAGACGAGAGGAUGGAAAAAUCAUAGUGUUUCAACUAAUAAAAGAAAGAGAAAAACGAAAACAUCGUCAACAUCUUCUAAAACGAAAAGGAGAUCAAUAGGAAAAAAGAAAAUAUUUGAUCCGUAUGAAGAUAAUUUUUCAUACGUCUAA